AUUUGGCGCGCCGUGAGUCUGGCCCAGCUGAGCCGCGGCCACCUUAGCGGAGCAGCAGUGUGCCAGGGUGUGCUUCUUUUCCCGUUCAUCUUUCAUCUUCGCCAGCCGCCGUGGUCCCCACCGCCAGCCCGCCAUGAGCAGGAAGGGCCCCAAGAAGAGCGACCAGGACCAGCGAACGCACUGGUGCCACAGCGAUGUGCUCAACCUGGUCACCAAGGUCGGGGAGAGCUGGCCGGACUUCUGCAGCGGCAUCAGGAAGAAAAAGUUCAUCUGGAAGGACAUUGCCGAUGCGCUGGGCGAGGACGGCUUCGUGGUCAACGGGCAGGAGUGUGACCGCAAGUGGAGGAACCUCAAGAUCCGCUACUUGGCCGUGCUGGAGAAGCGUCUGAAUGGCGAAAAGACUGCUCACCGCAUUGACUACUUUGAGGGCAUCCACUCCUUCCUCAAAGAUGACCCAGGUGUUUUGACAUACCUGGAGGAGAGAAAUCUGCGACAGAACAUCAAGUCCCUGAACGAGGAAGACGAAGAUGCAGAUGAGCCUCUCGACACAGCAGAUGACGGAGUGUCGGAGUGGAGUGACAAGUCUGUACAGCAGCUUCUCGACCUUCUGAUGGAGUUCAAGGACUGGUUCACGGACAAGGACAACAACUGGGACGAUGCCACCAUCUGGGAGACCAUCUCAGAGCAAAUGAAGCUUGAGGGUCACCAGCCGUCCCCUGACCAGUGCCGCCACAAAUGGCAGUUCCUGACCCAAGAAUACCAGGAGAACAAGGCCGAGGCUGAGGCGUCGGGCUCGGUGCCGCUGUGGCAGUACUACACGCGGGUGCGACACGUCCUGAGUCAGGUGGGCAUGCCCCCCACCACCAAGUUUGCCGCCAUAACAAAGAGUAACUCAGGUUCCACAAAGUCCACCCGGCGAGGCACAAAGAGAUCAGCGAGCGCAGCCAAGAGCACCACCAUGCUGAAGAUCUGCAAGAAGGAGGCCCCGGACAUGGACAUUGUCUCGGAGGAGCUCAACGAGAGCAUCAGCGACCCCGCUGACCUGGACCUUACCGAUAACCCGGAGCCCUCCAGCAGGACCACCACUGGAGGCACACAGAGGGAUGCCUUUCAGCCUGCAGAGCUUCAUGAGGUGUGUCAGCGCUUGGAGAAAAUAGAAGAGAACAUGGCCGUCAGCCGUCGCCUGGACAGCCUGGAGGCCCAGCUGGACUUUGCCGCCGAGCAGCGCCGGGCCCAGCAGCAGACCAACUCCCUCCUGAACCAGGUCCUCAUUGAGCUGUCGGGGCUGCGGCGCACCCUCAGCACCCAGAACACCCAAAAGAUGGGCAGCCAGGACCCAACAGACCUGGCCUCCGGCAUCACCAUUGUGGUGCCACACUCACAGCAACUCUAGCAAGGCUUCAAACCUUUGGGAGCAAGACCCUGAAGUACAAAUUUUAUUUUACCUAUUGGCAACUUUUAGAUGCUUUGUCGUCCUUGAAAAGGAUCUGCAUAGGUGGGGAUUUGUCAGAGGUGACACAAACCAAGCUCUGUUCAGCACCUUUAUUCAUUAUUAUUUGUGUGCUGAACCUGCAGGCCGGGCUGGGCUCGCCCUCCUUACACACACGAACCUUGACCGUCAUCACUGCAGGCGCAUUAGUAUGAAGGUGAAGUCACAAGGACUCGGCCAGUAUUUGCACGGAUUCCCUGCAAGAUGAGCAGAGGGGGGGAGGGGGAUUCUGCCAUAUUACUUCCUGUCUGAACAAGGCUGAGUUUGAGCCUCCCGGCUGUGUGCUGAGCCUGCUGGCGCUGCUCCAUGAGAAUGCUUACAAAGGUUCUGUGUGAAGGUCUAGGCAUGAAUAUUUUUAUAAAUAUGGUUUGAUAUAAAAUUCUAUGUUUAAAUAUUUUAAAUACCUACAAAUAUUUUCAUAAAGACUACAAUUUUCAGUCAUUUAGAAAUAAUGUGGCAAUUGUUGACAACCAUGAAUGUAUGAUGAACAUAUAAAAAAAUAUUUAUGUUACUUUACUGACAACAAUAAAUGUAUGAUGAAGGUAUGAAUAA